UUCACUUGAUAAACUGUUCACUUCAGCCGCAAACAUGGACGCACAAUCUUCAUUCUCAUUCUCCUCAGCAGUUGCAAAAUUUUCGACCAAGUUCAGUAAUGAAUUAGACAAGACUAAGAAUGUUGUGUCUUCACCGCUGUCCGCUGAGAUCUUGUUGUCUUUGUUAGCUCUCGGCUCCACAGAGCCUGCCCACAGCGAACUGAUAAAGGCCCUUGGCUUUCCUGAUAAUGAUAGUGAUGAGAGUAUCCGGUCCUCAUUCAGUGAACUGUUCGCUAAGUGGAAAGCUAUUAAAGGUGUUACGUUUGUAGUCGCCAACAAAAUAUAUAUUAAAGAUGGUGGCUACGAUGUAGAGGACGCAUUAAAGAAAGACGCUGUGGAGAUAUUUGAUGUCGAUUUUGAGAAGAUAAACUUCGAAAAGAGUACUGUUGCAGCAGCUCUCAUAAAUACAUGGGUUGAAAAAAAAACUCACGACAAAAUUAAGAAUCUGAUCUCUCCUGCCGUUUUCAAUAUGUUGACUCGUUUGGUACUUGUUAACGCGCUUUAUUUCAAGGGCGAAUGGAAGAAUAAGUUUAAUGUCGACGAUACAACGAACCAAACGUUCCAUAUUGACAAUGAAACUUCGAUCAAAAUACCGAUGAUGUUCAAAGCCAAAAAUUUUCAAUACGGUGAGAGUUCCGAUCUCGAGGCUAAGAUUUUGAGGUUGAGUUAUGCAGGAGAAGAAAUGAGUAUGGUAUUUAUAUUGCCGAACGAGAUCGAAGGUCUCGACGCAGUCAUGCGAAAGAUGGCCGCAGGUCACGACCUCUUGUCUGAAUUGAAUAAUAUGUUCAUAACACACGUGAACGUCACUCUUCCCAAAUUCAAAAUCGAAACAAGAAUUGACCUUAAGUUGUUGCUGCCUAAGCUUGGUAUUAAAGCGAUCUUUGACGAGAACAAAGAAACCGGUUUAAGUAAGAUCAUGAACAAUGAUGAACCACUGUACGUGUCCGAGGCGGUACAGAAAGCGUAUAUCGAAGUGAAUGAGGAAGGAACUGAAGCCGCUGCGAGCACAGGAAUCGUGUUGGAGACGAAGUCUGGUGAAAUUAUUACGUCCAUGUCGUACUUCCAAGCGGACCACCCGUUCCUCUACCUGCUCGUGGGCCCUGAUAACACGAUUCUGCUCAUCGGCGCCUAUCGCGGCAAUUAAUGUGCAAUUAAACAAUCUUUUCGA